AUGUCGGGCUUCGACCAGACGCACAACAAUGCGUUCUUCAACUUCAACAACCUCACUCCACAGCAGCUCAACAUGCUGCGCCAACAAAAUCAGAUGCAGCAGGCCGUACAGAUGUCUCAGCACCAGCAGCCACAGCCACAGCCGCCACCCGGGUCGCAGCCGCAGCAGAUGCAGCAGCACAACCCCAUGAUGCCCCAGCUCGGUCUGCCCGCCGGCUUCAACCAGCAGCAGCUCCAGGCGCUCAUGGCUCAGCAGCAGUCCCAGCUUGCCAACGGCCUCAUGCCCAAUAACCAGAACCCGCUCAUGCAGAUGAUGCGUCCGCAGUCUAUGCAGCAGCAGCAGCAGCAGAACGCCAACAUGGGCUCGACGCCCCAGGUCGGCGGCGUUGCCGGGCCAACUCCGACCUUUGCCCAGUUAUCACACGCCAUCGAGCAGGCUAAGAAGGGCAAUCUCACACAAGAGCAAAUGAUUCAGUUACGCCAGCUGAUCACCCGCCAACAGGCCAUGCAGGCCCAGCAGCAAGCCGCUCAGAAUCAGAAUGCCGGUGCAAGGCCGCUGCAGCCGGGCCAGCCCAUGGUCAACAUGUCGGUGCCCAACGGUCAGAAUUUCGCCAAUGCUCUGCAGAGGACGCCCCAGAUGCAGGCUCAGGCCCAGAUGAUGGCCGGCCUCCAGCAGGUCCGUCCUGGCGGACCUCAGUCCACGCCCACCAUGGGCUCGCAGCCAUUCCUCCAGCCUGGUCAGCAGCAGCAGCAAUCGCCCGCCCAGCCGCAACAACAGAUGCAGCAACAGGGCCAGCAGCAGCAAGCGCAGCAGCCCAACCAGCAGCAGCAAGUGGGCCUCCAGGGCCCUGCGCAAAUGAGCCAACAGCAGCAACAGCAGCAGCAGCAGAUGGCACGCGGCCAGCCUCCACAGCAGGUCGCCGGUCACCCGCAAAGUGCGCAGCCGCAGCAGCAGAUCAUGGGUCAGCAGCCCGGCCAGCCUGGGCAACAAAGGCCAGUGCCCGGCCGCACCGACACGGCCACCGACGCGCGCAAUCAGCAGAACCCGCUCAAUUUCCUGCGUCUCCUCCACCAGCGAGUCACCGACAUCGAGAGCAAGCUCAGCUCGGAUCUCAGCGCCGAGGAGCGCCAGGCAGUUCAGCAGCAGCACGCCGAGGCAAAGAGGCUUCAGUCCGCCUUGCUACAGCGUCUCAAUGUGCAGAAUGCACAGCAAUUCGCUGCGCUCAUGCAACAGGGACAGCAGGCGCAGAAUCCACAGGCAAAUCAGGCCCAGCCGAACCAGCCUUCGCAGCCACAGCAGCCGCAGCAGCCACAGCCGCAGCACCAGCAGAUGCAGCACCCGCAAGGUCUCGGGGGCAUGGGCACCGGCAUGAUGGGCAACAACCCGGCCGCACAGCCGCAAGCUUCGCCCGUCAUCCGACCGCCCAACAGGCCGGGCUCCGCGCGUCCGCCCCAGGGUCAGUUCGGAAGUCCCAUGCUCAACCAAUCUGGUAUGCAGACCCAGAAUGCCCAGCAGACGCAGCCGCACCAGUCGCCUCAAGUGCGCCCCUCGCCACAGAUGGGGGCUAUCAACGUCGGCGGCCAGGCGGGCAUGUCUGGGCUGCAAGGUGUUCCUUCCUUGCGGCCUGAGCAGUUCAUGAAAGCGCUGGUGGAUCUCAUGAAGAAGCGUGGUACGCCCAUCACAUCGCUUCCAAAGGUGGGCGGUCGCGAACUCGAUCUCUACCGCUUCUACCAGAUCGUGCAGGCGCACGGCGGCAGCGAAGGUGCGCAUCAGAAGGGAGCGUGGCCCGCUAUCGCCAUGUCGCUCGAACUCGCCCCGCUAGGAUCGCCUCAGACGCAAGCUCUCGGUCAAGCGCUAGCUACCGAGUACCGCAACUACCUUGCGCCGUUCGAAGAGACCUGGCAGCGCGCCAUGCAGCACCAAUACCAGAUGUCCAUGGCAGGUGCCGGCCUUGCUCAGGGUCAAGGCGCUGGUCAGCCCAACCCACAAGCGCCCGCUUUCCGACCUCCUUCGACACCACAGAUGCAAUCGCAGCAGCAGCAGCCGCAGCAAUCGCAGCAGCCGCAACCGGGCCAGCAGCCGUCCAUGAUGCCGCCCAAUGUGCCACAACAGCAGCCUCAAGGCGCACAGCAGCCAGUGCGACCAGGGCAGCCGUCUCUGUCGGACUUCAACCCGCCUCCGCCGCCCAUGCUCACGGCCGACCAUCUGGCCAAGCUCGGGAUGACGCAAGAGCAAUUCAACAAGGUGUUCCUUAACAAUCAGCUCAACAUCUGGCGCCAGGAGCAGCUUCAGAACCAGCAGCGCCAGCUCAACUCGGGCUUCCAGGCAGGCCAGGCUGGCGCCAACAAUAUGGCGGGCUUCGGUCAGAACGGCAUGCAGCAGCCAGCUCCACCGCAGCAGGCGCAGCCACAGCAGCAGCAGCAGCAACAAGCUCAGCAGCAGCAAACGCAGCAACAAGCACAGCAGCAGAUGCCCAUGGGCUGGCCGAACCAGGUCAGGCCAGUGAUGCCACAAAAUGCAGCGGGACAGCCGUCCCAGUCGCAACCUGCUGGCUUUGGCUCUGCGAUGCCGGGUGCGCAGCAGAUGCAGAACCCGAGCCAGCUUGGGAACAACGCGCAACCACCUCAGCAGCCACCUCAGCAGCAGCCGCAGCCCCAGCAGCAGCAGCAGCAGGCCCAAGCACAGAUGCCCGGUCAGCCUUCGCAGCAGUCACAGCCAGGUCAGCAAAAUGCGUCGGGUGCGCCGAACGCGUCGGGCCAGCCUCAGGGUCAGCAGGGCCAGAUGGCGGGACGCCCGAACAACAUGGCGCAGGCCCGCUUCAUUGCAGUGAGUCCCGAGCAGCUAGAGCAGGCCCGUGCGGCCAUGCAGAAGAUCGAUCAGGAGCUAGCAACGCAGCGACCGCGCUUGCCCAUCAUCCAGAACAUCGCCGACGACGAGCGCGACCAGAUCCUGGACCAAGUGCAGAAACUCGCGCCGAUCCAGGCCACAGUCACCGCACUGCUGCCGGCAUUCUACGCGAUGAAUGGCAACCUCGAGCCUGCCAAGCGCCUCAAGAUCAUGGCGUUCAUGUACAAGGAUCAAUUCGAUCUGCUGCCCAAGAAGCAGUGCAUCCUGCGCCUCGCCGACCUGGACAAGCUCAAGAUGCAGAUGAGCCGGUGCAUCAGCUUUGUGCGAUCCAGCAACCCGGACCUGGCUGCGCGCAUCAUCGCCUCGCUCGGCGACCCGUCCCGCAUGGCUGCUGCCAUGUCCAGCUCCAACACCAAUGCUCCCGCGGCGCCAGGCGCCAAUACGAAUGGAUCUGCCAACGCACCGCCGUCCACCUCGAACGCGGCCGCGGUGCCUGCGCCGCCAGCAGCCGCACCCGCCGAUGCAGGCACCAACGGCGCCGAUGCUGCCGCUGGAGCGAAUGCCGACGGCACCUUCGACGCGGCUGCUGCGAUGCACGGCAUCAAGCGUGGCCUGCGUCCGGAGAAUCUCAAGCUGCCACCCAACAAGCGUGCCAAGAACGCCUUCACUGGCAAGGCGAUGAGCCCUUCGGCCGGCGCCAACGAGUCGCCCAGGGUGGCUCCGUCACCUGCGCAGCCCGAAGACACGCCGACGCCGGCUGGAUCGACACCUGCCGGCAAGGGCGGCAAGAAGAACGACAAGCCGGCCAAGGCCGGCAAGACGACGGUCAAGAAGGGCAAGGGCGCUGCGGGCACACCAACGUCGUCGGCGGCCGAGCCGGACAAGAAGUUCAAGACGAGUGCCGACAUUAUGGCCGAAGUCAAGCGCGAGAUGGCCGAGGCGGAGCGCAAGCGCCGCGAAGAGGGCGGCGGUGGUGCAUCUGCUGGCGACGCAUCCGCAGGCGCAGCUGCUGCCAAGGUCGACAGUGCCAACGUCAAGGCCGAAGAGGAGGCGGAAGAGAAGCGCAGGAAGGACUCUGAACUUGCCGGACGCGAUCCUGCCGGACUGGUCGAGUCGACUUGGCAAGAGCUGCUGGCCACGGGCCAUGCCAACAACAACCACCUGCGCGGCAUGAACGGCAUGAAUGGCAUGCCUGGCGACAUGUCGCUGCUGGGUGCGCCGAGUGGCGGAGCGGGUGGAUCGAGCGGAUCGGACCCGAAGGCGCUGCAGUCGCUCAUGUCGCUUCUGGGCCAGGACUCGAUGCUGGCAGGCUUGCCUGCGGAUGGAUCGGCUGCCGUCAACAAGGGUAGCGGCUCGGGCGACGGCAGCGCUCCGUCUGGCUCGGCGUUCCUGAACGGAGCGAUGGACUCGCUGCCGUCGGCGGACGCGGAUGCGGGCCUGGACAUCGACCUGUUUGACUUUAUCGAGGCCUCGGCGGCCGGGCCGGAUGCGUUCAACGACACGGACGGCGAGCUUGGCGGCAUGUUUGGCACGGGUGGGCUGAAUGCAUCGACGCAGGAGAGCGAGCCGCCGGUGGAGACGCCGGAGCUGGUUGCGAGCGCGCGGCUGCCAGGCAACAGUUCGAACGCGUCGUCGAGCUCCAACUCGACCAACAACUCGCUGCGAGCCAAGCUGCCCGGGGCGCUGGGAGGCCACGGGCUGGAUUUUGGCUCUGCCGGACCGUCGAGCACGAGUCCGGCGGAAAUGAGCAGCUGCGAUGAGAUUGAUCUGGACAAGAGCCCGUUUGUCCAUCGAAUGCGACUUGACCGCAUCGGCUUGACGAUCGCACCCGCGGCCUCGGCGGCCGAAGCGGGCAAGGCGACUUCGACUUCGGCAACGACGACGACGACGAACCAAGCCGACCAGAGCACAGGCAAGGCUCCGGACGAGGCGGCGGUCGGCCAGGUUGAGCUCGGACCUGGUUCGCACGGCAUCAUCGCAGGCUCGGGCGACGAGUGGUGGGAUCUGGACCAUUUCGGCAACACGCUCGGCGGCAGCGGAGCCUUUGGAUCCGAUGCCAACGCCGACCAGCCCUGGGCGGUGCUAAGCUGA